AUGGUAUUUUCUCGGAAAGAAAAUCUCGGGGCGCGGCGACUACUGCUUUUGUUUCUGCUCUUUCCGGUCUGGGAGACCAGUACUGGCCAGGUCCACUACUCGGUCCCAGAGGAGGCCAAACACGGGACCUUCGUGGGCCGCAUCGCCCAGGAUCUGGGGCUGGAGCUGGCGGAGCUGGUGCCGCGCCUGUUCCGGGUGGCGUCCAAAGGCCGCGGGGACCUUCUGGAGGUAAAUCUGCAGAAUGGCAUUUUGUUUGUGAAUUCUCGCAUCGACCGCGAGGAGCUGUGCGGGCGGAGCCUAGAGUGCAGCAUCCACCUGGAGGUGGUCGUGGACAGGCCGCUGCAGGUUUUCCAUGUGGAGGUGGAGGUGAAGGACAUUAACGAUAAUCCGCCGGUUUUUCAAAUGACAGUAAAAAAUUUGUUUAUUUAUGAAUCUUGGCCGCCUGGUUCUCGGAUUCCGCUAGAGGGCGCAUCAGAUGCAGAUAUCGGAGCGAAUUCGUUGUUGACCUACAGUCUUAAGUCACAUGACUUUUUUACCUUGGAUAUUAAAAGAAAUGAUGAGGAAAUGAAAUCCCUUGGGCUCGUGUUGAAAAAACCUUUAAAUAGAGAGGACACUCCUGAGCAUCAGUUACUAAUAACGGCAGUUGAUGGUGGGAAACCAGAGCUCACGGGUACUACUCAACUGAAGAUCACAAUUCUAGAUGUAAAUGACAACGCCCCAGAGUUUGAGAGCGCUGUCUACAAAGUCAGAUUAUUCGAAAAUUCACCAAACGGGACCCUAGUAGUGAUUGUUAACGCCUCUGAUUUGGAUGAAGGAAUAAAUAAGGACAUUGUAUAUUCUCUUAAUACAGACACGUCAACAGAUACUUUGUCAAAAUUCCACUUAGAUCCGGUUAAUGGAUACAUCAGGGUAAAGGGUAACAUAGACUUUGAGGAAACUAAAUUAUAUGAAAUCCAGGUGGAAGCGACAGAUAAAGGAAACCCGCCAAUGGCAGGUCAUUGCACGGUUCUUGUGGAAAUUUUAGACACCAAUGAUAAUGUACCUGAGUUGGUCAUAAAAUCACUAUCGUUACCUGUGUUAGAAGAUGCUCCAGUUGGCACGGUGAUAGCCCUGAUCAGCGUGUCCGACCGCGACUCCCGUGCCAAUGGGCAGGUGACCUGCACCCUGGCGCCCCACGUCCCCUUCAAGCUGGUGUCCACCUUCAAGAAUUACUACUCGCUGGUGCUGGACAGCGCCCUGGACCGCGAGAGCGUGGAGACCUACGAGCUGCUGGUGACAGCGCGGGACGGGGGCUCGCCUCCGCUGUCGGCCACCGCCAGCGUGUCCGUGCAGGUGGCCGACGUGAACGACAACGCGCCGGCGUUCGCGCAGCCCGAGUACACGGUGUUCGUGAAGGAGAACAACCCGCCGGGCCGCCACAUCUUCACGGUGUCGGCGCGCGACGCGGACGCGCAGGAGAACGCGCGGGUGUCCUACUCGCUGGUGGAGCGGCGCGUGGGCGAGCGCGCGCUGUCGAGCUACGUGUCGGUGCACGCGGAGAGCGGCAAAGUGUACGCGCUGCAGCCGCUGGACCACGAGGAGCUGGAGCUGCUGCAGGUCCAGGUGAGCGCGCGCGACGCGGGCGUGCCGCCCCUGGGCAGCAACGUGACGCUGCAGGUGUUCGUGCUGGACGAGAACGACAACGCGCCCGCGCUGCUGCCGCCUGGGGCGGGCGGCGGCGGCGCGACGAGCCAGCUGGUGUCGCGGUCGGUGGGCGCGGGCCACGUGGUGGCCAAGGUGCGCGCGGUGGACGCGGACUCGGGCUACAACGCGUGGCUGUCGUUCGAGCUGCAGGCGGCGGCGGGGGGCGCGCGCAGCCCGUUCCGCGUGGGGCUGUACACGGGCGAGGUGAGCACGACGCGCGCGCUGGACGAGGCGGACGCGCCGCGCCAGCGCCUGCUGGUGCUGGUGAAGGACCACGGCGAGCCGGCGCUGACGGCCACGGCCACCGUGCUGCUGUCGCUGGUGGAGAGCGGCCAGGCGCCCAGGGCGUCGUCGCGGGCGUCGGCGGGCGCCCGGAGCACGGAGGCGGCGCUGGUGGACGUCAACGUGUACCUGGUCGUCGGCAUCUGCGCGGUGUCCAGCCUGCUGGUGCUCACGCUGCUGCUGUACACGGCGCUGCGGUGCUCGGCGCCGCGCAGCGAGGGCGCGUGCGGGCCGGGGCGGCCCCCGCUGGUGUGCUCCAGCGCGGUGGGGAGCUGGUCGUGCUCGCAGCCCAGGCGGCAGCGGGUGUGCUCUGGGGAGGGGCCGCCCAAGGCCGACCUCAUGGCCUUCAGCCCCAGUCUGUCCGACUCUAGGGACAGAGAGAAUCUGCAGGCAGCAAUUGGAAAUUCCCUUUCAAAGGUUAGUUUAUAA